UAUCAUGAACUUCCGGUUUGGAUAUUUCACCCAGACAGCUAACAUUCUUGAAGUCAUUUUGGGAAGGUUUUGAAAGUUUUCACUAGAAAAAACCAAACACAUUUGAUCGAUGAAAUUUUCAAGUUGUUAAAUAGAGAACCCUUUCCAUAGAUCUGUGAGGAUCGACUAGAUGUCUAGCAGUGAGGAGAGUGAGGAUGACAACUGGGGGUUACCUACCCCCUCCUCAGGACCCAAGAUGGAAAGGUGUCUUCUUGGCAAGACAGAGUUCCUCUUACCGGAGUCCAUGCUAGAACAGAGUCAUGUCUUUCGGGAUGUGUUGAGUAUGGACACCUGGAAAAAUGUUUUAACAGAAGAGCAGAGGACACAUUUAAAUGCCUUGCUGCCAACUUUUCCUUCCAAUGAUACAACAGAGAAAGAAGAAUGUCUCCAGAAAUUAUUUGGAAAUGAAAAUUUCAAGUUUGGAAAUCCUCUGUCUCAACUUCAGACAAAAAUGAGAGAUGGAUUUUGUUCACCAGACAUUGCCAAGUAUUCCAGCUUAUGUCGAAACAUCAAGUAUCGGGAAUAUCAACACAGACAGCAAAGAUACUACUCCAACUUGCUGAAAGACAUACUGCUGUCCAGGCAGAAGGCGUAUGAAAAUAUUCAGAAAGUGCCACCUGGUGGAAGGUUGGAAUUUACCCACAAUCCUUCAGCCAAUACAAAACGGAGCUCUGUGGAGCACAGGUCCAAGAAGAAAUAUGUCAGGUUGAUGAAGGAAGUGAGGCAGGAAUGCGGAAUGGAGGAUACAUCCUCGGAGGAAGAAGACACUACAGUGUCAGCUCAGAGGAUGAAGAAGCAGCUCUUCAAGUCGGUGUACCCCCUCCCCUCCCCUGACCCCACCAUUCCCAGCGUGGUCCACACUUUCUCCUCCAAACCGCUGUUGGUCAAUGGGGAUAUUACAGUAAGUAGUGAUGGACAGCAGGUAAAGCGACCACGACCAUUCAGCCCGGUGGAGGUGACGGAAGAAGAUUAUAGAAAUCUGCUGAGGAACCACAAGAGGAAGAAACUGUCGACAGAGGAGGAUCAUCCCGACCUAAAUACGGACUCUAUCACUCUUCAAGAUGUCAUGUCACGAUGCCAGGCUACCAACAGAACCAGUCCAAAUGAGUCCAGUAAGAUAGUGUCCCCCGAUUCCAAUGUGUCAGCGAGUAGGAAGAAGACACUCAAACUGAAAGACAAGACGGAGAAAAAACUGAAGAAAGUGCUGAAGAUCAAGAAGGAAGGGCUGGACUACUCCGCUCAACCUCUUAUGUAUAGUGAGGAGGAAUCGCUGAGCCCCAUUAACCUGGACAUCAAAGAGGAACCCCUCCCGGACUUAUUUCAACAGGAUAAUGCUCUACCAAAGAUUCCUGCUUCCUUUGGUUUAUUCACAAACUACUUCAGUUUGCUCCGUGAUGUGGUUAUAGAAUUUGACGAUGGAAAGGCAACCACAGCUAAGCUUGAAGAGAAAGUUCGAGAGUGGCAAGAGUCGAGUUCUGCACCAAAAAAUGUGUGGUUCUCACUGGUCCCUAACUGGGUGGACUGUGUCCUUCAGGCCCUGAAAUUCUUGGCUGGAGAUCUCAUAGAUGUAUCGCCUCCAAACUUUGUGCCCUAUGUAGACUAUAAAGAGCGGGCCCAGCAGUGGCGAUGGAUUGGGGCCGGGCGGGAUUCAGAUGACAAUAUGACCGCCCUUUUCAAACACUUUAUCACGAGUCGUAAAGAUGGAAAUUGUGAUCUCUAUGACGGGGGAGCAGGCUCCACCCCACCACCACGGAGUAAAACGGGUUAUGUUGUGAAGGCUACUACAGAUGAAGAAAAGGUUCAAUUUAGAGAACAGGAGGCCCGUAGAUUCAUGACCCCCCACAAAGCCUUCACCUACAGGAUGCAUGAUUAUGAGUCAGUGGUUGGGCCAGUCAAGGGGGUGUACACCAAAGACAACUCCAACAACAAGGCCCGAGAACAUGCGUUACUUGUGUCCAACAGACCGUCAUUUGUUACCAUUCUCACUCUGGUAAGAGACUCAGCAGCAAGACUGCCAAAUGGGGAAGGAACUCGCGGGGAUAUUUGUGAGCUUCUGAAAGACUCUCAGUUUUUAGCCCCAGGUGUUUCAGAUGCCCAGAUAAAUGUGGUGGUCAGUGGUGCCCUAGACAGAUUACAUUCAGAGAAAGAUCCCUGUGUGAAGUACGACGUCAACCGCAAACUCUGGAUUUACCUCCACCGGAACCGAUCAGAAGAGGAAUUUGAGAAAAUUCAUCAGGCCCAUGGAGCAGCACAGAAAGCCAAAAAGUCAUUACAGAAACCAAAGACACAAAAAUCUGGCAAAGUAAAGGACACUUCAGUGAGCCUGUCUACCUCAGUAUCGAGUCCAAGUCUUAAAUCGGCCCUGAGCUCAGAUACACUGGGUAUAGACGACAGCAUGUCGGUCACUCCAGCGAGUCCAUCUGUGGCUCAGAGUCCAAGAUCAAGUAACAGUCCCUUAGUGGGUCAGGUGAGCCCAAGAGGUCUGUCUAACAGCAGUCCCAGGUCAACGGCUAACCAGGCAACAAUAGCAGCCCUGAAGAAUGCGGUCAGUGCAGGCACUGUUCCUGGGUCCCAGGGCAAUAUCCUCCACUCUCAGUCAGCUGCCACCAUCCGUCUUCAUUUGCAGCAGCAGCAACAACAGCUUCAGCAGAAAGCUAGUUCUGUAUCCAGCACACCCCAUAAAUCUACAGCUAAACCGGAGUCCCCCACGGUAACCAUAGGAUCUACUCGUAGUGACACCCCACAAGGAUUACCCCAGUCAGUCCCUCUAGGACUUCUCCAGAGUCUGCGAACAGCCAGUCCAAAUGUCACCCAGAGCAUAACCAGUGCUCUGCGUCAGGAAUUACUGGCACAGCGCCAAAAUUCAGGCAGCCCUGCGCCCUCCCCUGUCAUCAGCUCUACAGCGAUCAAUAAAGUAACAGAGAAGGUCACAAUGGCUGCCACACCCACCAGUACCAUGGCGACCACGCCUAGUGCUCAGCUGGUCACACGUCUGGUCCAGCAGGUGUCGGGAAAUCAGAUGGUGAAUGUCAGCAAUUUACUGGCUGCCCAGAGGGUUCAGGGGCCGCGAGGGAAUGUCCCCACCACUCUGAAGAUCCAGGGAGGUAACUUGCUGCAGCCUGUGGGAGGAGGUAAACCUCUCCACUUGGCAGGAAAACCCCUCACUCAGGCUCGGGGUCAGCUGGUGCAGAUUACAGGGAAAGGGGCUCAGCAGCUGAUACAGACUCCUCAAGGUGCCUUACCCAUCAGCAUCAUCCCACAAGGAGGUGGAGCUGCUGGGGUCAUGACCCUAGGUCAACCAAGGACACCACCAGUUCCUUCAGAUUCAGGGGCGACCAGCAGUCCUAACAUACAAACAAUCACCCGCACUUCUCAGGGAAAUCCAGCCAUUAUCACUUCACAAUCCAAAGUCGUUACCCCCUCACAAGGAGGCAUUGUGGUAACACAGCUGCCCCCUGGACUGACUAUUCGCCCAGGCAGCAUUCCUGUGUCCUCUCACUGCAAGAUGGUGAGCGGGGGACAGGCUGGGGGACAGGCUGGACUGCUGUCACAGAUCAUCAUGCAGUCCUCUGGAGUUCUCACCGGUACCAGCUCCUCACAUGCUCAGAGUAUUGCUGGUGGUGUUCCGUUGCUGGUUAGUGGUGCUGGCGGGAAACCAGGACAGAACAUCCAGGUGGUGCGGACAGUACUGGGUCAACAGGCCAAUUUAAAACCCGGACAGGCCACCAUUCUCAUAUCCCAACCCACUCUACAAUCAAACGCUAAUGUGAUUCAUACAGGACAAUUAAUCCAAAGUUCUGCCAAAUCCAAAGCAGGCCCAGGCAAAACUCCGCCCGUUUAUGCAAGAAUAAUUACACCUCCCCCAGGACAGAAGUCUGCCCCGGGGACCAACUCUCCGCAGCCCCCAGGAGCUGUCAGUGUACUUCAGACAGUCAAUAAAUUUAUCUCUGUCGCAAAUGCAUCAGCCACCACUGUCUCACCUGCCUCAUCUCCUGUUACCAAGGCAACAACAGACACGACACAAACCAUAACCUUAGAAAUGCCAUCGGAUGGAAACUCAUGACAGGUUUUUUUUCUAGGACUAGUUGGUAUAAUAUGCGACUUUCAUUGUAUUUACAUCUCUUAUGCAACAAUUCAAUGCAUCGUAGAAGACUUUGCAAGAUCAUUACAUAUUUUUUAGACAUCUUUAGGCCAACCUAGAUAAAUUCUAUGUUUUAAGUCAACCAAGAGGGCAUGUGUUUUGAACAUUAGCAGAAUGAUAGAAUACAAAUAAUAAAGUAUGAAGCCAGAACUAAAUAUUUUUAUUUUAGUUUUUCUGAGUUUAGAUAUUGCAAAUUGAAAGAACUGGAUAUUUAUGACCUGUUCGAUAGUACAUAAUACAAUAGGUGUGAUUCUUUCAUCUUUAGGAAUGUUGUUCAGCAUCAACAAAACUACUUUACAAUUUUUGUUUGCUGAUACAUGUAGAUACAUUUCCAGAAUUGUAAAUGUCUAUUGAGGACUUUAUGUAAUGGUGGGCCUAAUGUAACCCCAAUUUAAAAGAUUUUGAAGAAGAUUUCACAUAAAUUUUCCCCAUUUUUAAUUAAGGGCCAAAUCAGUCCUCAUUUCAUACAAUGUACAUGUUCAUAGUGUUUUGUUUAAUAUUUCACUCCCUCUUGCAUAGCUUUAAAACAAUAUAUACCUGACAUUAAACACAGAAUGUAUUUUACUUGGCCUUACAACACCAUUCUAGAUAUACCUGGUAGGUAAAGAUUUUUUUGGUGAAGAUCCAGGCUUUAGUGCAUAAUGAGACAAUAUUUUGUACAGAAAUCCAUUGUGGAGAACAUAUCAGCAUUGAUUCACUGUAUCUUUCUAUACCAAGGCCCUGCAUCGUGUAGACUGUUUAUAAAUGAUCAAAAUUGUUACAUUGGACCUGUGAUUGUGAAUGAUAAAUCCCCACAAUACAUGCAAUAUUUAUGUAUGGUUGGACUGAAUAAUUUUCACACUGGGUUGAUAAUUUAUCUUUUCACAUUGAUUGAGGUGGAACGUUGGAUUUCUUACAAUGUCAUGUAAUGUGUGAAAGAGAGAGAGAGAGAGAGAUUUCUACAAGUAAACUGCUAUCCUGGACCUCUGUUUCAGGCAUGUGAUACUGUGUAUGGCAAGAUAAUUAUUUUUAAUAUUUAUUAUGAAAAGUAUACUUUUAUGAAUUAAAAGGUUUGCAUUUUCUCCUAUAAAUUGUUUAUGGUUGUCAUGUCCACAUGUAGAUUGCAAUAAAUAUUGGGUAUAUACAGAUGUUAUAUCUAUGACACAUAGUUGUAUAUACAUGUAUCUGUGAAGGAAGAAAUUGUUACGUUUUAAAAUACAAGAAUCUCCCCAGACGAAUUAUGUAGAUUAAAGUAAAAUGAUGUUGACUUCUU